CUAACAUAGAACACGAUUGAUACAGAGUCAGCUGAUUUCCGAAGUCGCCGGACAUCCCUGCGAAGCCCGCCGAAACGGCCGAUCCAUCUAUCGCUGGCUAGUUCCCAUGGACAUCGUCAUGGCCGACCCGGAGCUCGGGUCCGUCUACAGCAGCGAGCACUCCGGUUUCGUGGCGUGGCUGGAUCCGAGCACCCGAGCGUUCUGGGUCAGCUAUGUGUGCCGCGGUGGCAAGGUGCUGAACAUCGCUCUCGUGCACGAUACGCAACCCGACCGUGACGAGGACGGGGUGUGGCACUCGCAGGUGCCAAGGGAAGAGGUCCUCUCCGUAGCCCAAAACUUCCAUCAGUCGAUCAAAAGGAUGAUUUUCAUGCCUACUGAGGAUGGCAUCCACGUUCAUCAUGCGAAAACACGACCGCCGCUGGACAGCUUCGCCCGCGCCCGCACCGUGGUAGUGGGCGACGCAGCACAUGUCAUGAUGCCCUCCCACGCCGCUGGCGCGGGUAUCGCCAUCGAGUCGGCAGCCUCACUGGAAGUUCUUUUUCGGGAAGUUGACGGAAAGGAUGGCCCGACCGUGAGAUACCGACUCCGGCUCUUUGACAAAUUGCGCAUCCCUCGAUGCAACCUCACCAUGUUGGUAUCCAAUAGUCCCCAGGGUCAACCCCGGAAAUCCGGUGUGGUAGAUGAGAUACGCAAAUUCUACCAGGGACCGUUGCCACCUUCUGAUGCCCUGCCGUACUCCAAAGCCUGGAGAGAUGUACUCUUUGGACACGACGAAUUCCGGGCUGCCGAGAAACUGUUGGGGGAUGAAGGGGUAGAGGUCAAAACGUAAUUACCGUGCAUAAUCAGCAGGAGAUGGUCGAAUGCCAUUGAACGGAUGCUGCUUGUGGGGGGCGAUAACUUGACAUGGGAUGAUUUCUGUGUCCAGUCUUUUAGCUGUCGGUUGAGUUCAUGUUGCUGUUAGGAGUCUCGCAACCCCCGAAGUGCCUGAUUCGCAUUUAUCCGCACCUGAGUCCCUCGCCGAAUUCAGAAGUAAGGAAACUGUCAGUUGCUUGACCAAACUCUGAUGGGCAGAGCUAACAUGU